CCAGUCUUUCCAGGGCGUUUUAGUGGACGACCUCCCAAAUCUUUGGGUGAUCCAUGUGUUUGUUCAUGCACAGCUCUUUUUCUGUAUAACAGAGAUAACAGGAGAGUGGAUAAUCCUGACAGGCCUGAGUUAUCUGCCUGCCACUCCCGGCCUGUCUUGGUAUAUACAGGAUGUGUUCACUGUCUGAACUGUUGCUUUAACAGAGUUUGAUGGCCUCACAAACAGAGCCCAGCUGAAAAAAACAAAACACAUUUCUCAGCAGCACAAUGAGACAAUGACCUGAUCACCAUGAACUUGGAAGGGCUUGAGAUGAUAGCAGUUUUGGUGGUGAUUGUGUUGUUUGUUAAAGUGUUGGAACAGUUUGGUCUGCUGGAAGCAACUGUUGAAGACAGUGUUGAAGAUGAGUUGGAAAUGGCUACCGUCUGCCAUCGCCCUGAGGGGCUGGAGCAGCUUGAGGCACAAACUAAAUUCACAAAGAAAGAGCUUCAGAUCCUCUAUAGGGGUUUUAAAAAUGAAUGUCCCAGUGGCAUAGUUAAUGAAGAGACAUUCAAAGAGAUUUACGCACAGUUUUUUCCCCAAGGAGAUGCAACCACAUAUGCACACUUUCUGUUUAAUGCCUUCGACACAGACCACAAUGGAUCAGUGAGUUUUGAGGAUUUUGUUAUGGGCCUUUCUGUUUUACUUCGUGGAACAAUACAGGACAAACUUAAAUGGGCUUUCAAUUUAUACGACAUAAAUAAGGAUGGAUAUGUAACUAAGGAGGAGAUGUUGGACAUAAUGAAAUCUAUUUAUGACAUGAUGGGAAAAUACACUUAUCCUAUUCUCAGAGAGGAAACGCCCAGACAACAUGUUGAGAUUUUUUUCCAGAAAAUGGAUAAAAAUAAAGAUGGAGUUGUCACUAUUGAUGAAUUCAUUGAUACCUGCCAAAAAGAUGAAAACAUUAUGAAAUCCAUGCAACUCUUCGAAAAUAUCAUUUAACAACAGCAGCAAUCAAGCACUUUAUAGAUUCUAAAUUAAAGAUGAGUGACUGUGAUCAGUGGAAAAACCACGACAGCUAUAACUGAACUCAGCAACAGGCUGAGAUAACAUAUUAUGCAAGUGAGCUUUGUUCAGCUGUAAAGCUUCCAACUAGUAAUUUUUUUAGAGUUAUGAACAUAUCCAUCUCAUGAAAUUUAGAAUGAUUUUGAGUUUUCGAAUGAUUUUGAGUUAGUUGUAUAUGUAGAAUGCAUGCUUUCCUAAACUAGGGGACUGAGAUAAUGACCCUUUGGAAAGAUAAUAAAGUCUAUGGUUAUGUCACAACUGUGACAUUCCUUUUGGUCAUGUGGAUGAGAAAUAGAUUUUGUAUGGAUGUGUGUGUGGGUGUGUGUGUGAGAGAGAGAGAGAGAGAGAGACUGUGUAGCACAACACUUCUGAUUUGCUGCAGACUGUGUGGAAAUAAGCAACACCCAAAUCAAACAUAAUCCAAUAGCCCAUUUAAGUGUAAUUUUAAUAAUACAUAGAACAAGAUAAUGAAAUGUUAACUAACAUACUAUCCAUUUGUACAUCACAUUUUCUUAACUAGUAUAAAUGCAGCACCUUUUAUGGGAAGGUAGAGUUACAUGACUACUUCAGGUAUUGAAAUGGAAUCCUAAAGACAGGUACAAACUGCUCUGAUUUCUUUAUAAUGUUAGAAUUGAGGGCAGUGCAAUCCCAUUACUUCUGAGAUUUACAGCAGUGUAUUUGUGUAUUAAUAUGUGUACAUUUUGUAAAAAGCAAAAGAGUCCACAACAAUAA